AUGAAGAGAGAAGAAGAGGAAAGGAGGCUGAGGGAGGAAGAGGAAGCCCGAAUCCAAGCUCAACUAGAAGAAGAAGCAAGACUUGAGAGGGAGAGAAUUGAGAUGGAAAAGCUUAAGGCAAAAGAUCGAGAACGAAGGGAGGCUGAACAAACAAAACUUCAUUCACUGGAACAGAAGUUUUCGCUUGCACAACAGUGGAAAGCAGAUUAUAGAACACAGGCAAAGUGGGAGCAUUACCUGAGUUGUGAUGGAAAUCCUGACCCAACUGUGCUGCAGGAAAUAAAUACCUUCAUGAGCUUAUGGCGUGAUGAUCCAAGUGAGGACAUUAAACUUGUGAUGAAGAAGGGGGAACUGGUACUAAAUUUAAUUGAGAAGCUGCAGUUUCUUUUAUUGGACACACUGCCUGGUGAGAUAACAGAAAAAGAAACAAUCCAGUACCAGGAAACUAUUCUGGAAUUGCAGAAUCUGCUUCAUCAGAAGUACAAUGAAGUAACAGAACACCUGCUUAAAACAGCUGAUAAACAUGAAGAUCCUUACACUGGAAAUAUGCAGGUAGUCAUAAAAGAUGAAAAUGUUACUUUCUGUAUCUGGGGCAAUCUGAAGAAGAAAAUAAGGUUCAAAAGUCAUGUGUUUUGUGAUGCACAGCAUGGAUUUGAACUUCCAAAGUCUCUGGCAUUGAGCAGUGUUGCCAUUCGCAUAUUGCACACUUAUUAUGAUCAUGUAUCUCCACUCCGGCUGCAGUGGCAGGGCAUGCCCGGAUUGGAGAUCUUAGAUAGCAAAGAGUUAACUCAGGAUUCAGAAGACAAUGUAAAAGAACCAGAAGAGGAAAAGAAAGCUGGAGAUGAGCCCAGUGUACCUGCUGAAGAAGAAAUGUGUUCUGACAGGAGAAAGAGUGCUACCACAUUGAAAGAAAACAGUGACAGCAUAGCUGGUGUAAAUCAGAAAACAGAGGAGGAAACUGAGAACAAAUCAGAAAUCUUGGACAUAGCAUCACAAGUUGAGGAUCCAGCGACGCAGGAAGAGACGAAUGGAAAAGAAGUGGCAAUAACUGAUGAAGCUCUUGUGGAUUUCCAGGAGUUUGUGCUGGUGGGGGGUGUGUUCCACAUCGAGGCACUGCACCUGCCACCUCAGGGGAAACGAGUCAAGGACUGGAGUAUGGUGGAGCUAGUUGAUGUUGGAUUUGAGGCAUACCCAUAUCCCCCAGAAGAGGAUGAAGAUGCCACCCAUCCACCAAUACAGAUAACCCUUGUGCUUUCUGAUAAUGUGGUGUUUUUUGAGGAGCCUAUGAUUGCCCGGUGGGAUCCUACAGGCCAACAGUGGAGAACUGAUGGUAUCAGCAACAUAAAGUAUGGGACAUCAGAAAAGAGUGUCACCUUUGAGAUGGGCACCUUUCACACCAUAGCCCUGCUCCAGGAUGCUCAUCUCAACAUGCCCUAUCAGGCAUGGGAACUGCAACCCACUGGUACAGAUGAAGCACUACUUCUAGUUAAAACAUUCUUUGCAGCAGUUCAGAUACAAAUUAAGGGUAAUCAGUGUAUGUUGUCUUCAGUAGUGGUGGAAGAGAAGCAGGUACUUUCCCACAUGACAGGAAAAUGGCUAAGUCCACUGGAGCUAAGAGCAGUUUUGAUAAAGGCUGGUGUGAAUAUUUUCCCAGGAGAGCAUUCUCACAAGUAUGUCCCUGUGAAUAAGAAGGCUCCCCUGACAGAAAUUAAGGCAUAUCAACAGCUGGCACUGCUUGUGUGUGCUUUUGCUUUUGCCUGGAGCAAGUGGAAUCAAGAAGCAGGUGAAGAGCAAGUGGUGUUCAAGGUAAGUGAGCAUCUUAAAGCAGGUCCUGUCAAAGCCUGGUCUCUUUACCUAUUUGAUGGUGAGAAAGCACAAAAGCUCAAGAUCACAGAAAACAGUGAAGCUUUUUCCGAAGAGCUAGAAGAAGAAUCUGAAUUUCACUCCACACUCUAUCAUAUGCUGAAAGACUUUGCCAGCAAAGAAGCAAUGGAUAAAGUGGAAACAGCAGGCUUCCUAUUCACUGAUGUUGUGUAUCAGCUGCUCCUUGCUACAAGAGUUUUAGCAUACUCUUAA